AAAGAGAACAAAAGAAUUGACUCACAGACGUUUUAACAGCACUUCGGGGAGAUGAACCUCUGCUGGAACGAGAUCAAGAAGAAAUCUCAAAAUAUCAGGGCUCGGCUGGAAGCGCUCUCCGAUCACAGUGGCAAGCUGCAGCUGUCCUUGCAGGAGAUCAUUGACUGGUUGACUGUGAAAGACGAAGAGCUGUCUGAGCAGCUGCCCUUCACUGGAGACGUCAGCGCAGUGCAGCGCUACAAUGAAUUCCACUCGGCUUUCAUGGAAGAUGUAAAGACAAAGGGACCAUUCAUACUGGCGACUUUGGAGUCGGCUCAAGCAUUUCUAUCCCAGCAUCCUCUUGAGGAGACAGAGGAACCAACACCCGAUAAAGAUAUGUCACCAAAGCAAAGAAUCCAGAACUUGAGUCGAUACAUUUGGAAGCAGGCUAAUGUGUCAAGUGAAAUGUGGGAAAAAUUGAGUGCUCGUUGCAUCGACCGGCACAGGCACAUCGAGAGAACAAUGGAGAGACUUUUGGAGCUCCAAAGUGCCAUGGAAGAGAUUAGUCUUGCCUUGGAUCAGGCUGAAGCUGUUAGAGAUUCCUGGGAGCCCGUGGGAGAUCUCUUCAUUGAUUCAUUGCAGGAGCAUAUUGAUGCAACUAAGGUAUUCAAAGAUGAACUUGGAGGCAUAAAAGACGGCAUGAAAAUAGCCAACGAUCUGGCUCAUCAACUUGCAAUCUCAGACGUUCACCUUUCCACAGAAAAUGCCCAGCGUCUGGAGGAACUGACAUCGAGGUGGAAGAUCUUGCAGACAUCGAUAGAAGAACGACUUAAGCAGCUUCAAGAUGCCCACCGUGACUUUGGUCCAGGUUCCCAACACUUUUUAUCUACUUCUGUCCAGAUUCCGUGGGAGAGGGCCAUCUCACCAAACAAAGUACCAUACUACAUCAAUCACCAGGGACAAACCACAAGCUGGGAUCACCCAAAAAUAACCGAAUUGUACCAGUCUCUGGCUGCUCUGAAUAACAUCAAAUUCUCAGCUUAUCGAACUGCCAUGAAGCUGAGACGCGUGCAGAAGGCACUUCGCUUGGAUCUGUUAAGCAUAAGCAGCGCCUCGGAUAUCUUCAGUCAAUACAAACUACAACAGAGUGACCAGACAAUCGAUGUUCUGGAAAUCAUCCAGUGCCUCACUACAAUGUACGAUCACCUCGAACAGGAGCGUGGAAUAAUUGUGAACGUGCCUCUCUCUGUGGACAUGUGUCUUAACUGGCUUCUCAACGUUUAUGACAAUGGUCGCAAUGGCAAGAUUCGAGCAUUGUCCUUCAAAACUGGAAUUAUAACUCUGUGCAAUGCAGAGGUGGAAGAGAAAUAUCAGUACUUGUACAAGCAAGUGAGCAGCUCAGCUAAUCUGUGUGAUCAGCGACACCUCAGCCUUCUCCUGCAUGAAGCCAUUCAGAUCCCCCGCCAGCUGGGCGAGGUGGCAGCAUUCGGAGGAAGCAAUGUGGAGCCCAGUGUCAGGAGCUGCUUCCGGUUUGUUAAUGAGGAGCCAGUAAUUGAGGUCACACAUUUCUUGGAAUGGAUGCGACUGGAACCCCAGUCAAUGGUCUGGCUGCCAGUCCUGCAUCGUUUAGUAACUGCUGAAGCUGCAAAACACCAAGCCAAAUGUCACGUCUGCAAACAAUGCCCAAUCAAAGGCUUCAGGUACCGCAGUCUGAAGCAGUUUAAUGUUGACAUCUGUCAAACAUGUUUCUUGACAGGAAGGGCAAGCAAGGGUCACAAACUGCACUAUCCCAUCAUGGAGUACUGUGCUCCUACAACAUCAGGAGAGAAUGUGCGAGACUUUGCAAAAACAUUGAAAAACAAGUUCCGAACCAAACAGUACUUCAGCAAACAUCCACAAAGAGGUUACCUACCUGUACAAUCAUUGAUGGAAGGAGACAACAUUGACACGCCUGCCACAUCUCCAGUGUUGCCACAUGCAGAUACACACUCCAGGAUUGAACAUUAUGCCAGCAGGCUUGCAGAAAUGGAAAGUAAAAACUGUUCCUUCUUCAGUGGCAGCCUUUCACCUGAUGAAAGUGUAGAUGAUGAACAGUUGGUGGUUCAGUAUUUCAGCCCUGAGACAGAUCAAGAUUCUCCUCAAAAUCCAACUCACAGUCCAAACCAGCUCUUGGGUGCUCUGGACACAGAAGAGAAGACAGAACUUGAGGCCAUUAUUGGACACCUUGAAAACGAGAAUAGAAUUUUGCAGGAAGAAUAUAGGCGACUGAAAUGGAAGCACGAAGAAGCGGCGUUGUCUUCCUCUAUGCAGGACAGAUCACCCAGCUCCCCUCUGAGUUCUCAGGACACAGAGCUUCUUGCUGAGGCACGGCUGCUCCGACAGCAUAAAUCCCGACUGGAGACCAGGAUGCAGAUCUUGGAAGAUCACAAUAAACAACUGGAAUCUCAACUCGGAAGACUCCGGGAGCUGUUACUACAGCCACAACAAGAAACUGACAGAAGUGGAUCACCGACCUCUUCUGCUUCCUCAGUUUCCCAAAAUCCUGAUACCAACCAGCAAGAAAAAAGCGAUAGAAGCAGCCCAAAUUCUGAGAAAACAGGUGGAACAGACAGUCAAUGUAUUUCCCAAGAUAUGGUGCUGCAUUUGGAAGAUGUAAUGGAAAAGCUUAGAAACUCCUUUCCUUCCCCCAAAGGUGAAUCUGCCAAUCACUUAAGGAAAAGACAGAAAUGAUAGAAGACAUUUGAAUGAAUCCCUUGCUGGAACUGGCUCACCUUCACAGAACCUCAAAUGUUAAAGCAUAAUCCCAGUACCGGGUCUCACCAUUUUGGUUCUGCAAGUUCUGAAGGAGCUACAGAGGACUUGGAUUUAACGGUAUCUCAAUUAUCCAAUUAACACCUAAUCUUUUUGAGUCCAGUAUUCCAGAACAUCCAACUCUGAGACAACCAAAGCAAAGAAAGAUAAUUGUCUUUUAUUUCUUGAGUCACCUAAAAGCCACAUACAGUCCUAAUAUAAACAUGAUCUUAUAGUUGAAGUUGCUAAUGAGCUAAUAUUUCAACAGUACAAAUGGGAAUUGUUGAACAGGGAAUAUUUUGGGGAAAUGUGUGAGGCAACAGGAUAUGUUGUUGAUAUUGAAUAAGUUAGACAAUUUUAUCUAGAAUUUAUGAUUCACAAUUUGAUGUAUGAACACAAAGGUGUAAUAGUUUUCAUUAUGCAGUUUGAAGUUGAUGUUCACAGAAUUACUAUUCAUUUGUGAAGCAUCUAGUCCAGUAUAUAAGAUUUCAGAUUUGACCUGGGAUAAACAUAGGUAAAGAUUGUGGCAGAAGUACCUGAGUGGAUUUUCUAUUCUGGAAACCAUCAAAUGGGGAAGUUAUUAG